AUGACCCCAAACGACGACGUUCACUCUACUAAAUCAUUCUUCAUUGACUGUAAUAACGGAGCCGGCGCUUCAUUUGACCACGUGGCAUUAGACGGCGUUACAGUGUCAGAUAUUCUCGACCCGAUUUAUAUCUCGAACGACGUCGUUUACUCUUUCUUUCCAUUAAACGAUGUUCAGAAUUACCAAGGAGUUUCGAAGCCGUUAGUUGCCGUUAAAGUAACGGAAUUAGUUGACGGCGUUUUCAUCGGUUUAAGUAUGAAUCACUCCGUUGCUGACGGUACUGUAUUUUGGCUUUUCUUCAACACUUGGUCUAAAAUCUCUAACGACAACGAGAACGACGUCGUUUUAGCCAACACUCCUCAUCUCGUUUUCGACCGCGAACAGUUUUCUAACGCAUUAAAGCAAAGAAUGUUUAGUUUUUCCCAACAAAGCAUAGCCAAACUCAAAGCAAAAGCCAACGCUGAAAUGACCGAAUUACCCUUCCCAACAACAACCAAGAUUUCAUCCCUUCAAGCUGUUAUGGCUCACCUAUGGGUCUCCAUAACCCGAAACCGAAAUCUCAAACCCGAACAGGAAGUGAGCUACAGCAUCGUAAUGGGUCUGAGGCAAAGAAUGGAGCCACCAUUAGCAGAAGGGUAUUUUGGGAAUGCUGUAGUGUUUGGGAGAGUGGAGACCACAGCUGGAAAGCUGGUUGAGAGGAAUGGAUUGGGCUGGGCCGCAUUGCAGAUGAACAUUAUGAUUGGGUCCUACACAACGGAGAAAGUAAAUGAGUACUUAAGGAGUUGGGCCGAAAGCCCAAAGUUGGCCACAUUCACUGCAGAGCCCGGGUUUGGAUUAAUGACUGGUAGUUCACCAAGGUUUAAUGUUUAUGGGAAUGAUUUUGGUUGGGGAAAACCAGUGUGUGUAAGAAGUGGUAAAGCAACUAAGUAUGAUGGGAAGUUGACUGUCUUUCCAGGGGUUGACCAUGGGAGCGUUGACUUUGAGGUUUGUCUUCGAGCUGAGACACUUGAGUCCAUGGCUUACGAUCAAGAGUUCUUGGACACUUUAUCUAUGUGA